CUCCUCACUGCGCCGGCUAGGAAACGUCUGCUCGGCUACGAUAGUUCCGGCCCCGGAAGAAGGCUGAUGACCGGACCUAGUUGCCGCCGGAAACACCGACCCUCGGGCCGGCGAGGGGAGAGGGGGGCUCGCGUAGCCAGACACUCCACGCCGGGGCCGGGUCGGAUCGCGAGGCGGGAGUCUGGGGCCUGGGCCCUUGGAUCCCGGGCGGCAGGCGAUGGGGCCGAGGGCCAGGCUCUGCCCUCACAAUUUAACGCUUGGGCCCCGGCACCGCCAGGGGACUUUGUGCAGCUGCCAGUACCCAUCAUCCAGCAGCUCUACCACUGGGACUGCGGCCUAGCCUGCUCCAGAAUGGUUUUACGGUACCUGGGCCAGCUGGACGACAGUGAAUUUGAGAGCGCCCUGCAGGAGCUGCAGCUGACCAGGAGCAUCUGGACCAUUGACCUGGCCUACCUGAUGCGCCACUUUGGUGUGAGGCACCGCUUCUGUACCCAGACCCUGGGCGUUGACAAGGGCUACAAAAACCAGUCCUUCUAUAGGAAACACUUUGACACAGAGGAGACCCGAGUAAAUCAGCUCUUCGCACAAGCCAAGGCCUGCAAGGUGCUGGUGGAGAAAUGCACGGUGAGCAUACAGGACAUCCAGGCACACCUGGCACAGGGCCACGUGGCCAUUGUGCUGGUGAACUCAGGGGUGCUGCACUGCGACCUCUGCUCUAGCCCCGUCAAGUACUGCUGCUUCACCCCCAGCAGCCACCGCUGCUUCUGCCGCACACCAGAGUACCAGGGCCAUUUCAUCGUGCUGCGUGGCUACAACCGGACUGCAGGCUGCAUCUUCUACAACAACCCAGCCUACGCUGAUCCAGGAAUGUGCAGCACCAGUGUUAGUAACUUUGAGGAGGCCAGAACUAGCUAUGGCACAGAUGAGGACAUCCUCUUUGUCUACUUGGACAGCUGACAUCAGGAGCCUGGUGUCCCCAGGCCCUUGGAUCCUACCCUGCCCUGUCCAGCUGAGGCUACUCAGGAGGCCCUGACCCCGGCCUGGGGCUGCUGGAGCUGUAAUGCAGAACUGCCUCGGCCAGUGUGAUGAAGCACCAGGAACUUGGGGAGACCACAACAUGCCUGCUUCAUCUGCCACUGCUGAAUGUCAUUAUGCCACCCACUUAACCACCACACCUGCCAGUAGCUGGAGGCAUUUCCAGCAUGUCUGUGCGGAGCCUCCCCCGGACUUUGAGCCUGACUCCUUCCAAGCCCAGGGGAUAUCCAGCCUGUUGGUGCCCUUCUUUUCCAUGCUCCAGACCCUGGGGAGGUCGGGGAGACCAGAGCCCAUGUCCCUGCAGACCAGGGACUGAACGCUAAAGGGAGAUGCCACUUGUCAGGACAGCAUCUGUAUGUUUGGAGACUGUAGCCAACCCCCGGGGCUGUGUAUUGCUCCAGACUUUGGUCGGAACCGUCCUCAGCCCUCUCCCUGGAAGUGCUGCAGACCCCUUGUCCCCUUUGAUGGAUGCCAUUGCCCUUCCCAGUGGGCCCUAGUGAACUGGUUGCACUGCCUCUUGGCCCUGAGGAGGGCUGGACCUCAGGCAAAAAGGACUCUGAAACUCCCCCUCCCCAACCCUCCAGGCACUCAGCCCUCUAGGGUGGAGGGUACUAGGCAGGCAGGCUUGGCAGGUAGGGUUCCUGGAUCCUGCCAACUGGCAGUGCUGAGCGUGCUCCAGGAUGCCUGACCAAGGACCAGGAACAUCCGUCUGAGCCCCAAGAAUUCCCCCCUCCCCGUGGACACACCCUGGAGGCCUAUGACAAUAGCCUGAGUGGGAGGAGCCCAGAGUCUCCAGGACUGGGUGCUGUGCUCCUGAAGCAAUGUCGGGGAGGCCUGUGGCCUCCCACCCACUUUUGCACAUAAUGUUGGUUCUCUUCUGUUUUGACAGUGAAAGGUAGUACUUGCCCAGGAUCAUGUGGCAUGAAUCAUGGACUGGAGCUCUUCCUCGCUGCCCCCCUCCAUACCCCCUUCUUUUUUUGGUGGAGGGUGGAGAUGUUUGUGGUGGUUUUUUGUUUUUUUUUUUUUUGAGAUUUAAAUUUUCACAUUUAGGAUUUGAUUCUCAAAUGACCCCCAAGUAAGAUAAUAAUAGUGAGUUUGCAGGUACUUUGGAACCACUGACACCUCUUUUUAUGGGCCAGGUAAGCCACCUUAAUGUCUCUUCCAAAGAGAAGGGGACUCACCUUGAGGCAGACUGAGUAUCAGGGCCCAUACCUUACAGACAGAAGCUGGUCCAGUCUGUGGAGUUGGCCAGGAAGUAGUAGUGCUGGGUCUUGAACCCAGGUCUGCACCUGAAAAAUAAGGGAAAUUGAUCAUUUCCAAGGGGGCUGCCUCUGGCAAAGAACCAGCAAUUCCCCAACAGAUAAUACCGCCCCUGCAUCCCUGCAUCUUGGUCUAACAGUACUGAAGGCAUGAUGCAGUGGCAGCUGCUGCCCCUUUCUAAGCCACACUCAGCGUCUGCCUCCACCCAACUUACUGGCCCUAUCCCAAGGAGGCUGCUCUGAGAUGCUGCAUUUGGCCCUGUAUACAGGGCUGUCAGACUACCCAGCCGAUUGCUUCUCAACACCAGAGGCAGCCUUGGGUCAAGAGGGAGGCACUGGUAACUGGGCAGCUGCCCUGGGUUUCAGAGACUAGUGUUGCUCUCAGACUGGUCUCCUAUCGCCUUAAUGAUGAGUGGCCCAGGAUCCUGAGGAACUCCAGUUCCACAAGUACCUCGUGUGACAGCUGUGGGGGGUUUGGGCAUCCUCAGGAGAAUCCAGGGAAAAUGGUGAAAAUACCUAUACAGAGGGAAGCAGUGAGGUAGCCAAGCUUCCACAGUGGCUGAAUGAGUGAGACAUGGCAGAUGUGCUGGUAGGGCUGGUGUGGGAACAGCCUCUACCAGGAGAGUGGUCACAAUACCUCAGUCCAUCAUGGGACACUGAAGCAGCCCCUGGCCUUGGAUGAGGCUUCUCAGGGCAAGCCACAAGCUAGGUGUCACCCACCUGAAAGGGUACGAGAAAAGCUGCCUGUCCCUGAGGUGGUGCCAGCUGCCGAGGGAGUGUUGUGUGAACACUGUGUCAUGUUCUUGCGCACGUGAAAGGCAGGUUGGAAGAGUUCAGACAUCAGGAGCUUCUGUCCACAGCCCAUGGUACCCACAACCUCCUGUCUGCACACUGGGGGCCCAGUGUAGCCCCUGAAGCCACACUGGACUUUUGACUUUGUUCACUCCAGCCACACAGGGACAAAAGGGAUCUUUUGCAUUGCAGAGAUUUUAUACAUAAAUAUAUUUUGUUUGUAAUGAGCCAUUCUCAAUAAACAUUGUCACUGCAAAAU